GGCGAUCCUGGUGACCUUGCCAUUGAUCAUCUUGCAGGUAUCGCAACAGCGCCGUAUCAACCUUGGUCGCCCUUCUGAUCAGGAUGCGCCAUGGUAACAAUGGAGGGACAACCUGACCUUGUCAAAACCCCUGAAGAGAAGUCGGUCGAUUCCACCCCUGUCGCUGCAGCGAAUCCUCCAACGACCCAGCAAUUAACUACAACCGCUGCGAUUGAUGCGACGCUGCGAUUCUUCGCGAACGCAAGCAAUGAGACACUGGGGGCCUGCGCGGUCGGUCUAUGCGCGUCUACCUAUCUCGUCCUGGGACGUGUUGGGCUAGUCUUGAUCGGCGCAGUUGGUGGCAUCGUGCUUCAUGCAACCUGGGACAGCCAACAUGGCGAAGGGUCGGAUUCGGAAAAAAGUGAGGCAGGCCGCAGGAAGAAAGAGCUCGGGAUCGAGGUGGCACACAGACUCCUAGAUUGGCGGGAUAAAAGGAGAAUAAACGACAAAGAUGAGGAUGUCUUUCAAGACGCCGACCUUGACACUCUCCCUGAAGCCCCGACAAUGGACUUUUCAGAAUUUCCUCCAGAGACCAGCAAAUCUCUCUCGAGCCUGACCGAUGCAGUCAUUCGGGACUAUGUGAAGUACUGGUACACCCCUUUACUGCCCAAGGAGCAGUCAUUCCCGGCCAGCUGCAGGCAAACUUUGACGAGAUUCAUCAUAUCUUUCUCGAAUCAUCUUUCACGUAAACGCGCUGCAGACCCAUUCUUGGACUUUCUAUCCAAUUCAACAUCGAUUGUGAUUGUUUUCCUCAGCGAGCUUUCUAAUGCCCUGAAGGCUUCUCCCAACAGCGAGGCCGAAACGGCAAUCACAACGUAUCUGCAGUUUCAGCCUGACAGCAAUUUAGCAAAUGUCUUGAGCAGAGACCAGCAAGAACGAAAACUGGCGCUUGUAGCCGAUGACAUUUUGCAGAAUUUUUUGGAUUCAAAAUCAUACAAUUGUCCCCCUGUCAAGACUUUCCUUCAGCAAGUACUAGCGGGUUUGGUGCUAGAGUCCACGGUCGAAGCCUGUUCAAAGCCGGAAUGGAUCAAUCAAUGGAUCGUAUAUUUAUUGGAAGACGGCGAGCCGGAGAUUUUGAAUGCAAUCGAUGCUGGAGUCGAGGACAUGAGUGAGGCCAUGGCCAAAGCGCGUCCGGACAAAAAGCCCGGGCAAGGUCACAACCGACGAGUCAGCAGAGCAGAAGAGGCGAUGCAAGAAGCGAUGCGCGAGGCUCAACGACUGAACGAGAUGAUCGCCGAAGACGAAGCCCGACGCAAACGAGGCUUACCACCUCAGGAGCACGAAGAGACCAGUUCUGUGGCCACGACCGAUGUAGGCAUGGCUACGCCAACUUCAUCGGAUAGCGAUCGAAACCGACCCACGUCCUCACUUGAUACAUCACUGGUCUUCGACAUUGAUGGAAAUGCGGUUCAUUCCACCCUUCCCAGCCCAAACAAGUCAGCACCAGUGACUCCAAACAAAGAACAGGGGCAAUUUACAGAUUUUGAACAGUUAGGUCAAAAUGUCCUGACUCCGCCACAGCCAGUGUCUAGUGCUCCAACACCAGUGGAGGUUAUGGUUGCCGUGCCAUUGACCCUCCAGAACGCCUCCAUAACCAUUCUCGACAUGGGCGAUGGUAAUGAGAAGGCCACCCUCAAGCAGAAACCCAAUAGCGAGUAUCUGCUCCAGAUCGAGCCUGCAUCGCAGCGCUAUCCUGGAUGGAUGGUCACUCGCCGCUAUGCUGAUUUUGAACCUCUCCACCAGACAUUGACGACGAUUGCUCGUAUCUCUGGUAUCCCCGAGUUCGGACAAUUAUACGCGACGCUCCCUACGUGGAAAGGUCAGACGAGUGUCUCCCUGCUUCAGACUCUGGAGAAAUAUCUUCGCUUCUGCCUGAAGUUCGAACCUUUGGCCGAGACUGAGGCAAUGAAGAAAUUCCUGGACAAGGAAACUGGUCUACAGAAGGCGCCUGCUCAAAGUAAGAACGUCUUGGUUCAAGGGGGUGCAGCUCUGGAGAACGUCGGCAAGAACUUCAUCAACGUCUUGGGCCAAGGUGGGAAAGGCAUUGCUGGCGGCGGUAAGGCCGUUCUGGGUGGUGUGCAAGGAGUUUUCGGCGCCGUGGCGACGGGAGUUGGUGGUGGUCCUAAGAAACAACCCAGGCCUUCACAGCAACUAUCUCGGACCGAUUCUUCUUCGACGACUUCGAAUUACAGAUUUAGCCAGGACCUCCCCAGAGGUAGUUCUGAGAGUCUUGACCUCAAAGCUCCCCCGCUUCCGACCCGACCCAGGACAGAUACCGUUGGCACUGACCAGCAAUCUGUAGCAGCACCUGCUCCGGAGCCAAGCCGUCUGUCGGAGGAGAACAUGUAUUUCCCACCACCUCCGAGUGUGAUCUCGGACGAUUAUUCUCCCAUCACGCUACCCAAGCCUGAGACGCCGCCCCGUCCUCGACAGGAUACGAUCGUUGCGAAACCUGUCACUCCAGCUCCUGCACUGAACGUAGAAGAGACAAAGACUCCCGCCACGACCAAUUUGACCAAGACACCGUCAAGAAGACCGAAGAAAGAAGAUGCGCCCAUUUCCGAGGAAGAAACUCGUAUAUGUAUUGAGCUCAUCUUUGCAGUUCUGACAGAGCUGUACUCGCUUGCGGGUGCUUGGUCCUUGAGGUUGUCCUUGUUAGGUGCCGCAAGGACUUUUCUCUUGCGACCGAAUAACCCCCAACUCGAGUCUAUCCGGGUCUUGCUGCAAGAGAGUGUGCUCGAAGCCAACUUCUCGGACAAAGGACUAGCGACGCAUAUCAAUAAAUUAAGAGAGAACACAUUACCAACACCAGAGGAGAUGGAAAAAUGGCCAAAGGAACUGACGGCGGAGGAAAAGGAGAAGCUACGCGUCAAGGCGCGCAAAUUGCUCGUGGAGCGAGGCAUGCCACAAGCUUUGACGAGUGUCAUGGGAGCGGCGGCCAGUGGUGAAGCUCUUGGGAGAGUAUUUGAUUGUCUUCAAUUCCAGCAUGUGGCACGUGGUCUUAUCUUUGCUCUUAUGCUACAAGCUAUCAGGGCGACAACGCAAUGAACACCGUUAGGCAGAUUUAUUGUGCGAGCAACGAAGCAGUGAGAUUGCGAUAUGGAUGAUGAUGACGAUGAGAACGGAUUGUUCGUCUUGUGUAUUAUAGUAUUGUAACGGCAGUUAUUGAGAAGUCUCUAUAUCAAGCGUUGGGAUCACUUUUUUUUUGAAGAGUACGGGGAAA